UCCUCCCCCACACGUCCUCCAAACCGGCUCCCCCACUCUAGAGCGAGUCGGUGGCUCCUCCCCUCCGUCCCCAAUCCCCCCUUGCACGUUCUUACUAACCUCCUAGUCAUCGGCGAGCUCGACAAUACCUCCAUGGAGGUUGCGGGCGCCACAUCAUGUACCCGUUGAAGCUCAUUGCCAUCCACCGAUCAGCUGUUCUUGGCGUCCACUCUGAUUCCAUGUCGCAUUGUCCGGUGACAUGGAUUAAUUGAAAGGAACCUCCGAGCAGUUCUUGGAGGGGUAUUUGUAUCAGCUGCAUUUGAGCUCUCUCAGCUCCAAGCUUAAUUUGUUUCCCAUUGUAGAUCUACUAUCUGAGUCAACACAGUCCACUGGUUAGUUCAGUUGCUUGUUUAAUUUGUACUCCGUAAGAACUUAUCUAUUGUUCAGCUACAUCGAGAUUGUGAAAAAGUUGUAGCAGUAAUUAGCUGAUCUAGGCAAUUAUACUUUUGUUCUCGGUUGCUACAAGUUCCAACCGAAUGAGUUUUUAGUACAGAAUACUUAUACCAUAUGUAGAUGUCUUUAUAUCUCAACUAUAUCCUAAGGUUUUGUUGUUUGUUCAGUAAUCAAUACAGAGCAUACACAGUUGGUAUAAGUCCUUGAUAGUUAGUACAUGAAGCUUGUGACACACUCUACACUGAGCAGGCCGUCAGACAAAUAUACAAUUUAUCAUCUUUGCACUCACGUCCAACAUGUUAAGGGAGAGGUUACCCAAUUCAACAUUAUGUUGUCCAUAAUUAAUGCACGGUUUUAUGCCCUGGCUGGUCAGUAGUGUCAGACAUACAAGUUCAUCUUAUCAUAGAUGUCAAGAAUACAAAAUAUCAGAAGCACAAGGUAGAUGUGCAAAAGAGGAUCAAAAAACAGUAGUUCAAUAGCCAAACCCCGCUCCUCUGUCGUCUCUUCCAGGCGACGGGGGAGCGAAACCCUUGUUCCCCGCCGCCACCUUCCCCACCCUCUGCCCGCUUCCUCGUCGCCUCCCGAGGCCGUCGCCGGCGAAGCCGUGCGCCGCCAAGGACGGGGGCGGCGAGGAUCUAUGCCUCUCGGGCCCCCGCAUGGCUGUUUAGGAGGGAGGCCACCAUGCCGGUCCCGGAGGUCGCCGGCGCUGGGCUCGCCGCCGCCCGCGCUCGUUGCCGCCUCCCCGCCUCCCCCUCGUUGCGCCCGCGUCGUCCUCGCCGUGGUGCCCCUGCGCGCCGGCCCCGACGGCGGGCUUGCGGGCCGGACCCGGCCUUCGCUGCUCUCUGCGGCUCGCCGUCCGGUCUGCAGCUCGCCCCGUCCGGCCAUGGCGGCGGCGGGAUCUCCCCAAUCCGCUCUCGAGGCAGGCUGCGCGGUCCAGUCUCGUCGGCCGGAGGCGCGGGCCGGCGCCGGACUUGGGCGCAGGACGGCUCUGCUUGGCGCGCUUGUCAGCGCGGCGGAGCCGUGGUGUUGCUGUGCGACGAGGUGGCCGGCUUGGCAGAGGCGCGGGGGAUGCUGCGGUCGGGCCCAAUCUGGGCUUCGGCGGGCCCAUGUCCAGGCUUGGCGGUGGGCGGCCGAUCUGUUGCCGGACCGAUGCUCAGGCGAGUGUUGGGCGUUUGGUGGACGGCAACAAGGUUCUCUGUACGGCUCACCACGCCUGCGGCCAAGGCCAACUUGGGCCUGACGUCAGCGUUGAGUCUCCAGGCGAAAGUCUCGCACCAUUGGUGCCGAUGUUGGCGGUGCCCCUGGGUACCGUUUCCCCUGUUGAGGGCUUCAUCGAGGAGCCUGGUCUCCUACUAUCACAAGUUGUUGCGUUCUUCGGGUGAAAACCUCUGCUCCUCGGAGCGAGCGGCGGCGACACACUGUGUCGUUACCUUCCUGAAGGCGCCGCUUUUGGAGUCCGUGUUCCUCGUGGUACGGUAGAUGUGUGCCAGUUGUGCAUGGUUGACUUGUUGUCUGGGGUAGUGGAUGCCGGGUGGCGGCCCCGGACAGUUGACGUGCGCCGAUGCGGCGGCCUUGGAAGGUCUUGCAACUAUGACUCCAUGGGGUGUGGUCAUGGUCUAGCAAGGUAUGGGUGGCGUGUUGGUUCUACGUGGGUAGGGAGCUCGUCGGCCCGGCCUACGCGACGGGACGGUCGGUGUGGCUGGCAUGUCGGGGCGGCGGCCCCGGAUCCUUUGGCGCGGCGUUCAUGGUCUGCGGGUGGUCGCCUUGGUAGUUUGGGCUACAAGACGUCCAUGUCGUGCGGCGUUGCGGCUCGCCUCCGAGCAGGGGACAUCGGACCAGCGGCUCCGGGUUUGGUGGUGUGUGUUUGGGCGAUGAGGCUCCGAUUUUGUGCGGUUUUUAGGACCGUUUCCCUCAUAAACUCGGCCGCUCUGUAUGUUUUUUGGGCCCGCUUUUCCUAUUAACCGAGCCAAAUCCUCUUCUAUCAAUAUAUGGUGCAGCUCACCUGGCGAAUUCUCAAAAAAGAAGCAGAAGGUAUGUUUGCUCGUAGAUGCAAAAGUAACCAUCAAUUUAGUUUUUUUUUUCAUUUCCUAUGUUCGUCAUACAAUGACGAUUAAAUAGGUCUUUCUACUUGUUAACAUGAAACUGGUUAUAAUUUUGUCACCAUGUUAAUUCUCAGGUCAAUCUAACUUUUAACGUAGUCCCUGGUUAACAUGCAACUCGGAUACACUUUUGUUCCCAACUUCAGUUGUAUGUUUACAAACAUUUUAUUUGAUGCAUCAUGUAGUGCUGCUGUUUUUAUACACAUAGAACCAAUGAAAUAAUGUAGUUAUCCCUUCAACGUUUGAGCAAGAUUUAUGUCAAAUCUUAGAACAAAGUCUUUGACGUGUCAUGAUUUUCCAUAUACACUAGUAGAGAAACCCUCUUUAGUACCGGUUCCAAAGGGCCUUUCGUACCGAUUUUAGAACCGGUACUAAAGAUCCGGUACUAAAGCCUCCCACCUUUUGUACCAGCUCCUUACGAACCGGUACUAAAGGUGCCUCCACGUGGGCACGGAGAAGCCCACGGGGCUGGAGACAUUUGGUACCGGUUCGUAACACAAACCGGUACUAAAGGCUAUUUCGUUUAAUUUUUUUAUCCAUUUUUUUUAAUUAUUUUUCACUUCCUUUUUUUUAUUUUUUUUCUUCAGAAUUUCUAGUAUUUCCGUUAGUCUCUAACUACACUUAAUCUCUAGUCAAAUUACUUAUCCGUGGUCAAACUUUCCGGUCGGUCACCCAUCCUCACACAACUCCAACACUAGCACGCUUACCAUCCGAGUUCCUUUCCGUCACACUUCCAAGUGCUUCGCGCGCAUGUUGUUGAUAGUAGUAUCAUAUCAAUCCUAUUAACAUGUUGGUCGAUGUCACACUUCUUUAUUGUUUAAAUUCCAAAUAAUUCUUUUAAUAAACAAAAGUAAUGAUGUAAUAAUAAUGUUGAAUAAAUAAAUAAAAUUAAUUUUUGUAAAUUGUAUUAUUUUUAAUUAUUUUUUAAAUUUUUAAUAUUUUUUGCCAAACCUAAAACCUGAAAAAUUGAAAAUCUUAUAAUUUGCUAAAAGUAAUAGUAAUAUUCUGGGAUUCAAAAUAUCUUAUAAUUAUUAAUUUUAAUUUUAAAAAAUUAAAAAUAUAUAAAUUUCUAAAUUUCUGGAAAAAACCUAAAAUCUUCCUGCUUUUAUAUUUUUAUUUGAAAUUUCGAGAAUCUAAAAAUUGGCAAACCGGGUAAACCCAAGUGAAUUUGGAUGUAACUUUUUCCCACGAUGAUUUUGAUAUAUUAUACGUUUUUUUCCUACGUCGUAUGCAAAAGUUAAUGUGGUUUUACCAUUUUUCAAACUUUUUUUACAAAAAAAACCAAAAUUUGAAUUUCUUAAUAUCACCG